AUGUCACUCCGUAAAAUCAUAAUCAAACACUUGGACAUGUCGCAGGAGAUGCAGAAAGACGCGUUGGACAUUGCCUCCCAAGCACUGGAUAAGUUUUGCAUAGAAAAACACAUUGCUGCUUACAUCAAGAAGGAAUUCGACAAGAAGUACGGCCCCUUUUGGCAUUGUGUCGUUGGGAGAAACUUCGGUAGCUGUGUCACUCACAAAGCCAAUCAUUUCAUCUAUUUCUACCUUAGCCAAAUUGCCAUCCUUUUAUUCAAAGCUGAUUAG